UCCUCCUCCUCCUCCUCCUCCUCCGCUCGGGCCCCACGCCACACACAAAACUUGGGCUAGAGAGCAAAAAAGACACACACUCUCUCCAACAGUAUACACACAAAGCCCAUCAUGGAUCACGACCAGAUUAGACAACAGCAGGCUCAUGCCGCCGAGAACAAGGACACCAAGUCCUCCGAUGGCGCCGCCGUUGCCCCCCAAUUUUCCCGCGAUGCCGUCUUCCCCGGCGAAGUAGUCGGCGAGGUCACCGACCUCAACCGCCAGGACCUCGAGAAGCAAAAGGCCGCCGAGGGCAGCGCCCACUUCCACCGCCUCGGCUGGAAGCGUCUCACGGUCGUCCUCAUCGUCGAGGCCAUUGCCCUGGGCAGUCUGUCCCUUCCCGCCGCCUUCGCCUCCCUCGGUAUGGUUGCCGGGGUUAUUCUGUGUGUGGGUUUGGGUCUCGUGGCGAUAUACACCAGUGACGUCGUCGGUCAGGUCAAGAUCAAGUUCCCUCACGUCUCGCACUACGCCGACGCCGGUCAGCUCAUGUUCGGCCGCUGGGGCUACGAAAUCAUCGGUGCCAUGUUCGCGCUUCAGUUGACAUUCCUGGUCAGCUCCCACACUCUCACCGGCGCCAUUGCUUUUGGCAACAUCACCAACGACGGCGCGUGCUCCAUUGUCUUUGCCGUCGUGUCCGCCAUUAUCCUGCUGAUCCUUGCCAUCCCCCCUUCGUUUGCUGAAGUCGCAAUCUUGGGAUACAUUGAUUUCGUCUCCAUCAUUCUCGCCAUCGGUAUCACCAUCAUCGCCACCGGUAUUAACAGGGGCGAGAUCACUACCGCUCCCUGGUCCGCCUGGCCCAAGGAGGGCAUUACGUUCGCCGAGGCCUUCAUCGCCAUCACCAACAUUGUCUUCGCCUACAGCUUUGCCAUUUGCCAGUUCUCCUUCAUGGACGAAAUGCACACCCCGUCCGACUACAAGAAGUCCAUCUGGGCCCUUGGUCUUAUCGAGAUCUUCAUCUACACCGUCACUGGCGCCCUGAUCUACGCCUUUGUCGGCCAGGAUGUGCAGUCCCCUGCCCUGCUUUCCGCCGGGAACACCAUCUCCAAGAUUGCGUUCGGCGUUGCCCUGCCCGUCAUCUUCAUCUCGGGAUCCAUCAACACCACCGUUGUUGGCCGCUACAUCCACGGUCGUGUCUACAAGGACUCCAUCAUCCGCUUCAUCAACACCAAGAUGGGCUGGAUCACCUGGCUCGGUCUCAUUACCGUCAUCACCGUCAUCGCCUUCAUCAUCGCCGAAGCCAUCCCCUUCUUCUCUGAGCUUCUGUCCAUCAGCUCCUCGCUCUUCAUCUCCGGCUUCACCUUCUACUUCCCUGCCCUGAUGUGGUUCAUGCUCAUGCGCGAGGGUUCCGUCUUUGCCAAGGAGAACCUCAUGAAGACUGCGCUCAACGGUCUUGCCUUCAUCAUCGGCAUUGUCGUCCUGGUCUGCGGUACUUACGCCAGUAUUGUUGAGAUUGACCUCAAGUUCAAGACUGGAAAGAUCAGCAGCCCCUUCACCUGUGCUUCCCUCGCCUAAAUACCAAUCUCGUCGAAUUUAUAGUUUUGAUAGUGCAGAUAAUAAUACCCCUUGAGUUAUCUUGUAACACAUAACAGCUCGUCUGCCGGCGCAAAGGUCCUGAGCUCCACCAAACGCGCAACGCGAAGUGCGCAUGUUCAAGACGUGUGUCCAAGAUAGAGCCCAAAUUAAGACUGUGAGCUGAAGCGAUGUCCACCUAGCUUAAAGUCGAUUCGGAACCUGGGCUGCGGCAAGGCGGGAGUUCAUACUACACGCCUCCAUACACGCAGUCUGUCGUGGUUGGGCACGGAAUGCUGCAAUUCACUCACACCUUACGCUACGGUAAUGCUCCACUGGCGUUUACUGAGACCUCCCGUCUUUAUUGUUAAUAAUUACAC